AUGUGCCCGCAUCAAAACGGCGACCAGCUGCCCUCUGCCAAGGCCGACAUGGUCGGUAUCGAGAACAACGUGAGCGCGGGGCCGUCCCAGCAGCAGAAGCGCAACCCGUACGCUCCGCGCGCAUCAGACUUCUUGAACAACGUCUCCAACUUCAAGAUCAUCGAGUCUACCCUCCGUGAGGGCGAGCAGUUCGCCAACGCCUUCUUCGACACCAAGACCAAGAUCGCCAUCGCCAAGGCGCUCGAUGCGUUCGGUGUCGAGUACCUCGAGCUCACGUCGCCGGCUGCAUCGGAGCAGUCACGCGCGGACUGCGAGGCCAUCUGCAAGCUCGGCCUCAAGUCUAAGAUCCUCACCCACAUCCGUUGCCACAUGGACGACGCAAGAAUUGCAGUCGAGACUGGUGUCGACGGCGUGGACGUCGUUAUCGGCACAUCCUCCUUCCUCCGCGAAUUCUCGCACGGCAAGGACAUGACCUACAUCACCAAGACCGCCAUCGAGGUCAUCCAAUUCAUCAAGUCUAAGGGCCUCGAAGUCCGCUUCUCCACAGAAGACUCCUUCCGUUCCGACCUCGUCGACCUGCUCUCCAUCUACCAGACCGUUGACAAGAUCGGCGUGGACCGCGUCGGUAUCGCCGAUACCGUCGGCUGUGCAAACCCGCGUCAAGUCUACGAUCUCGUUCGCACCCUUCGAAGUGUCGUGAGCUGCGAUAUCGAGAUCCACUUGCACAAUGAUACCGGAAUGGCUAUCGCAAACGCAUACUGUGCUCUCGAGGCCGGCGCAACACAUAUUGACACUUCCGUCCUUGGUAUCGGCGAGCGUGUUGGUAUCACGACUCUCGGUGGUCUCGUUGCUUGCAUGUACGCCGCAAACCCGGAAUACGUCAAGUCGAAGUACAACCUUCCCAUGCUCCGCGAAGUCGAGAACUUGAUCGCCGAGGCGGUGGAGGUUAACGUACCGUUCAGCAACCCCAUCACCGGCUACUGCGCCUUCACGCACAAGGCCGGCAUCCACGCCAAGGCCAUCCUCAACAACCCGAGCACCUACGAGAUCCUCAAGCCCGAAGACUUUGGUCUCACGCGCUACGUCUCGAUCGGCCACAGGCUAACAGGCUGGAACGCCGUCAAGUCUCGUGUCGAGCAGCUCGGGCUCAAGCUCACCGAUGAGGAGAUCAAGGACGCGACGGCCAAGAUCAAGGAGCUUGCCGACGUGCGCACGCAGAGUAUGGACGACGUCGACUCGUUGUUGAGGGUGUACCACUCUGGUAUCCAGAGCGGAGAGUUGGCUGUGGGACAGAAGGAGACGCUCGACAGGUUGUUGGCGGAGCACCGCCAAGAACAGCAGGAGUCUGCAUAG